AUGACCCGGGCAGCGAAAUCCCACGCCGAGAGGAUGGAGGAGCGCGCGGAGAGGAUGCGCGGCAACCCGUACGCCAAGCGGCGUCCGGUGAACUCCCCCCCGCGCGUGGUGGUGGAGGACGGCGCGACGGUGGAGCGGGCGCCCCUGCGCGGCCCGGUGUACGUGCGCGUGCACACCCACACGCACAGCCACUCGACGGCCAUGCGCCACGACACCCGCACCAAGCUCCUCCAGUCCUGGCACGUCGGGAUGUGCGGGGCGCCCGCGGAGCUCAACGCGCGCGCACUCGGGUCGGAGCUCGACUACCAGAUGCACCUCACGGACUGCGCGCUGACGCUCCUGAACGCCAAGAUGCGCGCGCACAAGGAGAAGCUCGCGGGCGAGCCCGGCAACGAACUCGCCACUGUCGUGCUCAGGGAGAAGGUCAACGAGUCGAUGGUGAAUCAGAUCGAGUUCUUCACGCAGUGCACGCAGAAGUGGGCCGGGAUUCCCAUCGCGCACCGCCUCCCGCACGCCAUCGGACAAGCUCCGACCGUCGCCUGA